AUGAUGUCCUCAAUUGCUAGAAGCCCAGAUGUGGAUUCGAUGGGUGCAGGGGAAAUCCAUGUCAUCAUAGGCCCUAUGUUUGCCGGCAAAACCACUGCUCUGCUUCGCCGUGUCAAAUCUGCAUCCGACAGCGGAAGAAAUGUAGCAAUGAUAAAGUCAAGCAAGGAUACAAGAUAUGCCAUAGAUGCCGUGGUGUCUCAUGAUGGAGUGAAGUUCCCCUGCUGGGCUUUGCCAGAUCUUUUAUCAUUGAAGCAGAAACUCGGGCCUGUUGCUUAUGACAAGUUGGAACUGAUUGGAAUUGAUGAAGCUCAGUUUUUUGAUGACCUGUAUGAUUUCUGCUGUGAGGCAGCUGAUGCUGAUGGGAAAACUGUGGUUGUUGCUGGCCUAGAUGGGGAUUAUUUGAGGAGGAGUUUUGGCUCAGUCCUUGAAGUGGUGCCACUUGCUGACACAGUAACCAAACUGACUGCACGCUGUGAGCUGUGUAGAAAGAAGGCAUUCUUUACUUUGAGGAAGACAGAUGAGACUCAGACAGAGCUAAUUGGGGGUGCUGACAUGUAUAUGCCAGUUUGCCGCCUGCACUAUGCAAAAUUACACAGAGAUUCAGCAGAACCUGUGUUUAAACCUGUUCUUUCAAGUGAUCGGAGCCUUGAUGAAGCUAAGGUCGUCUAG